AUGUUUCGACUGCUGCACCAGAGAAGUGGCGGCCAUGUACGCUCCCUGGCCUUGCGUCUGCAUCAUCGAGAGCGCGAGAAUGCUUUUUUACCGGUGCAAAAGCUUAGUGACGAUAUUCGAAGCUCACAGGAGGAGACGCGCCGUGUAUUAUUGCUAAUUCGCACCUUCAAGCAGUAUGGACAUUACGUUGCUCAAAUUGAUCCACUUCAAAAGCGAGAGAAGCUGCCUGAACUCGAACGCUGGGUCAAUGGAGACCGCUGGGUUGAAACGCCUUUUUUUGACGACUUUAAUUUGCAAAGUCUUGCAUCUAAGAAUUUAUUGGAGCUAACAACGCACGGUUUCACCGCCAGUGAUCUCGAUCGUGAAUUUUUUAUUGGCCAGGAUCUUUCUAUUGGCCCUGUCGCAACGCUCCGAACGAUCCUUACGGAGCUACGGGAGCUUUUCUGCGGACAUAUUGGACUGGAAUAUCAGCAUCUACGUAAUCGGGAUGCUGCACUAUGGAUUCGAGAACACCUUGAAAAGUACAAGAAUUAUGAGUACACCAAUGAAGAAAGAGUAAAUAUACUGCGUCAAAUGGUCCAAGCAGAACUGUUUGAAAAAUUUCUUGGGCGGCGGUUUUCAGGGGCAAAGCGUUUUUCGAUUGAAGGAUGCGAAAGCUUAAUACCUGGUCUUUGUACACUUUUAGAAAGCGCCAGUGAUCAUGGUGUGGAGAUUGUCCAAAUGGGAAUGGCGCAUCGUGGCCGCUUAAACGUCUUGGCGAACGUAUUGCAACGACCGCUGCACUCUAUAAUAUCCCAGUUCCAGCCAUAUUUGCCCGACGAGCCUGACUACCCAAAUAAUUCUGAUGAUGUUCGGUACCAUCUUGGAACAUCAUCACUCAUUGAAAUGCGCAGUGGCAAGCAACUGGAAGUGACAUUGGCUGCAAAUCCAUCGCAUUUAGAAGCGGUGAACGCGGUUGUUCUCGGUCAAACACGAGCUUGUCAAACUCAAUUAGGAGAUAAUGGUAACCGAGUUAUGCCGAUUCUCAUACAUGGAGACGCUUCGAUGUUUCAGGGAUCGGUGAGAGAGGCACUGGGUUUUAGCUCGCUGGAGGAUUUCAAGACGGGAGGUACAAUUCACGUCAUAAUUAACAAUCAAAUUGGCUUCACGACGUUGCCGAAAAAUGCAGACUCAGCAGUGUAUUGCACCGAUGUUGCUAAGGUCUCAAGAAGUCCCAUCUUUCAUGUGAAUGCCGAUGACCCGGAGGCAGUGGCGAAGGUAAUGAAAAUUGCCGUUGAGUUUCGUCAAACGUUCCACUGCGAUGUCACUGUUGAUCUUGUUGGCUACCGUCGGCAUGGCCACAACGAGCAAGACUCACCGGAAAUCACGGCGCCAGUCAUGUACCACUUUAUAAACAAACACCCUAGUGUCGUGAAGCUAUAUUCGCAAAAGCUUAUUAACAAAAAUAUUUUAUCAAGUAACGAAUUUGACGAAAUGUGUAGCAGCUUUGAGGACCAUCUUUCUUCGGAAUAUCAGCAUUCACGAGAGGUUCAUUCCGGUUGGGACAAUGUUGGAGAUACGUCAUGGAAGACUGAGUGGUACGUUAAAGACAAGACAUCUGGAAUAAGAACGUUGGACCACACCGUGGUCGAUGCUGACAUCAACGUCAGAAUGAUAUAUGAUCGGUCAACAGGCGUUGAUCAUAAAUUCUUAGAGAAAGUAGGUAGCCAAAUUUUUCGCAUCCCGCAAGGAUUUGUGGCACAUCGCAAAGUUGAAGCUAUCAUGAACAAUAGAUUACGCGCAGUUGAAACUGGUGCUCGGGUGGAUUGGGCAACAGCCGAAAUGCUAGCCGUAGGGUGCCUCCUUGUAGAAGGAGUUGACGUACGCCUAAGUGGUCAAGACUGUGAACGUGGCACAUUCAAUCAGCGUCAUGCGGUCCUUUACGACCAGUUUGAAGCUGUUUCUGGACGAAAUCUGCCAUACACGCCUCUACACAAUCUUGACGUGGAAUAUAUUAGAAGAAUCCAACAAAUGACAGGACUUGAGAGCGCGAGAAGGGGACGUUUUGACGUGGUAAACAGUCCUCUUAGUGAAGAAGGAGUACUUGGCUUUGAAUACGGAUACUCCUUAGAAAGCCCCAUGGGCUUAACCAUUUGGGAAGCCCAAUUUGGAGACUUUGCGAAUGGUGCACAGACGGUGAUUGAUACCUUUAUCACUUCAGGUGAGCAGAAAUGGCAGCGACAGUCGGGGAUUAUACUGAAUUUGCCGCAUGGCUUCGAGGGUCAAGGACCAGACCACAGCAGCGCAAGAAUUGAGCGAUUUCUGCAGCUUGUCAAUGAAGACAGCGAUCACUUUACUCUGGAAAAAGAUUUUGAUGCUGCCAGUACUCGUGCGAACAUUUGGGUAGUUAUUCCGUCCACACCGGCCCAGUACUUUCAUGCCCUUCGCCGUCAGGUAUCCUAUGAUUAUCGCAAGCCACUCAUCAUGUUUACGCCAAAGUCUCUUCUUCAUCACCGGCCAUGCAACUCUGACUUGGCAGAUCUAGCCCUCGGAUCGUCAUUUCAAAGUGUUCUUCCACCGCACCCCGAUGACCAAGUUACAAUGGUGUGCGAUGAUGAGAUUUUAAAAUUGGUGCUAUGCUGCGGUAAGAUUUAUUUUCCUGUUCGUCAUGGCAUACGAACUCGUGGAAUUCGAAAUAUUGCUACAGCACGUAUUGAGCAGCUGGCUCCUUUUCCAUUUCAAGAAGUAGCAAACAUCAUCGUUCGUUAUCCAAUGGCGGAAAUAUUGUGGGUUCAAGAAGAGCCAAAGAACAUGGGAGCCUAUAAUUACAUUCUUCCGCGAUUGCUGGCUGUGUUGAGGCAUCUAGAUGACCCUCGUAUGCUUUCUUACAUCGGACGUCCUCCCUCAGCUUCACCUGCUACGGGACAAUACGAAAUACAUGUUCAAGAGAUGAAGACGAUCAUCGAAGCGGCACUCGCGUGA